AUGCCAGAACCAGUAGGAGUAGCAAAUUUGCCUAAUCAACGGUACAAGAUUGUUUCCAAGGAAGGAGCUACAUUUACCGUCAUGGUGGCGGGAGAAAGUGGGUUAGGAAAGACAACAUUUAUCAAUACUUUAUUUCAAACUUCAUUGAAACCACACCAAGAUCCUCGUACUAGACACAACAAGUUUACGUCACCACACCAAACUGUCGAGAUUGACAUCGUCAGAGCCAUUUUGGAGGAGAAAAAUUUCAAAAUUAGAUUGAAUAUUAUUGACACGCCAGGUUUUGGAAACAAUGUCAAUAAUAACGAUUCUUGGGUUCCCAUUAUUGAUUUCAUUGACGACCAACACGAGUCUUUUAUGAGGCAAGAACAGCAACCUUCAAGACUUGCCAAAAAGGAUUUAAGGGUACAUGCUUGUCUUUACUUUAUUAGACCAACUGGUCAUCUGUUAAAACCGUUAGAUAUCGAAGUUAUGAAGCGAUUGUCGACAAGAGUCAAUUUGAUCCCGGUUAUUGCUAAAGCAGAUACUCUAUCUCCUCAAGAGAUGGAUACCUUUAAAAACAGAAUAAGAGAAAUCAUCGAGGCUCAGGACAUAAGUAUUUACAUUCCUCCUUUGGAGUUGGAUGACCCUGCUAGCGCAGAACAUUCCAAGCAGUUGAUUGAAGCGAUGCCAUUUUCCAUCAUUGGCUCCGAGGAGGACGUUGAAGUUGCUCCUGGUCAAUUUGUAAGAGGCAGAAAGUAUCCAUGGGGGGUAGUUGAGAUUGAAAACGAUCAGCACUGUGAUUUCAAGAAAUUGAGGAGCUUAUUAUUGAGAACAAAUAUGUUGGAUUUGAUCUUGUCGACGAAUGAAUUACACUAUGAAACUUUCCGCUCAAUCAAAUUAGGUGGAGAUGAAGGAGAGAACGGUGGAGAGAAUGGGGCGGAAGAAGGAUCAACCGAGGAAUUGACCAAUGAAAAGGGUGAAGUUAUCAAGAAACCAUCAUCUAAAAAGCCAAGAAGAGUGUACAAUCCAAAGUUCAAAGAAGAGGAGGAUGCUUUGAAGAAAUUCUUUACUGAGCAGGUCAAAGCAGAAGAGCAAAGAUUUAGGCAAUGGGAAACUAACAUCAUCAACGAAAGAAACAGAUUGAACCAAGAUUUGGAAGAGAUGCAAUCGAAAUUGAAAGGUUUGGAAGAACAGGUUAAGAAAUUACAAAUUACCAAACGUUGA